AUGUACAAUUACGAAGUUUCUUUUUUUUUAGCUACAGGAAAAUUGAGUCCAGAAGCAAUACCAGGCUACUUAAAACUGCGAGGUUGUUUAUUGGGUCUUGAAUUUUCUGGUUUGGAUUCAUCUGGUCAACGAAUUAUGGGUCUUUUAUCAGCUAAAGGUCUUGCUACAAAAGUUGCAAUUGAUAAACGUUAUUCAUGGCAUGUACCUGAUAAUUGGGCACUUGAACAAGCAGCAACAAUUCCAGUUGUUUAUGCAACAGCAUAUUAUGCACUUGUUGUACGUGGUCAAUUAAAACGUGGUGAAAAAGUUCUUAUUCAUGCUGGAACAGGCGGUGUUGGUACAGCAGCUAUAGCUAUUGCUUAUAGUUAUGAUUGUGAAGUAUUUACAACAGUUAGUUCAAUUGAAAAACGUGAAUAUCUUAAAAAAUUAUUUCCACGCUUAAAUGAUGAACAUAUUGCUAAUUCACGUCAUACAACAUUUGAACAACAUAUAAGAUUUAUUACCAAAGGCAAAGGUGUUGACAUUGUACUUAAUUCAUUAGCUGAAGAUAAACUUCAAGCAUCAGUUCGUUUACUUGCUCAACAUGGUCGACUUUUAGAAAUUGGUAAAUUUGAUUUAUCACAAAAUAAUCCAUUACGUAUGGGUAUAUUUCUGAAAAAUACAACAUUUCAUGGUAUUCUACUUGAUUCACUUUUUGAAAAUGCUAAUGAUGAUUGGUUACGUGUACAUCAACUUGUUGAACAAGGUAUUCAAAAUGGUAUUGUUCGACCAUCACAAAGUAAUGUAUUUAAUGCAAAUGAAAUAGAACAAGCAUUCCGUUUUAUGUCACAAGAAAAACAUAUGGGAAAAGUUGUUAUUAAGGUAUAUGAUGAAUCUCUACCAUUGAUUCGUACUAUACGAAAAACUUGUCUAGAAUUAACUGAAUGGCUUGUUGAACGUGGUGCACGAAAUUUAAUUCUUUGUUCUCGUAGUGGUAUUCGUACUGGAUAUCAAUUAAAGAAAAUAACUUAUUUAGAAACAUUUUUUGAAGCAAAAAUAUCAAUAUCUAAAUUAAAUAUAACAAAUGAAAAAGAAUGUGAAGAAUUAAUUAGUCAAUGUACAUUACCAAUUGGUGGAAUAUUUCAUUUAGCUGCUGUAUUACAAGAUGGUUUAUUUGAAAAUUUAACAACAGAUCUAUUUAAUCAAGUUGCUGAUAUUAAAUAUAAUGGAACAAAAAAUUUAGAUAAAUGUACAAGAAUAUAUUCACAAAAAACAUUAGAUUAUUUUGUUGUAUUUUCAUCAAUUAGUUGUGGACGUGGUAAUGCUGGACAAACUAAUUAUGGUUAUGCUAAUUCAACUAUGGAACGCAUUUGUCAACAAAGACAAAAAGAUGGUUUACCAGCUUUGGCAAUUCAAUGGGGUGCUAUUGGAGAUGUUGGUAUGGUUAUUGAAAAUUUAGGUUCAAAUGAUACAAUUGUUGGUGGUACAUUACCACAACGAAUGGCAUCUUGUUUAGAAACUAUAGAUUAUUUUCUUCAACAAUCUACAAAUAUACCUGUUGUUUUAUCUUAUGUUCUUGCUGAAAAAUCACAAAAAACAUCAGGAUCAUCAACAAUAUCAAUUAGCCUAAUUGAAACAAUUGCAAAUAUUCUUGGUAUAUCAGACGCGAGUACAAUGUCUUCAGAUGGUAUAUUAGCUGAUCUUGAUUUGGAUUCAUUGGGUAGUGUAGAAAUAAAACAAUUACUUGGACAAAAAUAUUCAAUAUCAUUAGCUAAUUCAAAAGAAAUUCAACAAUUAACUAUAAAACGUUUGAAAGAAAUUGAUUCAAGUUCAUCAGUACCAGCAACAACAGCAAUAAAUAAUACAGAAACUAAAAAAUCAUCAUCAAUAUCAUCAUUUGAUCUUAGUCAAUUAUUACCAAAAGAUUUAAUAGUUUUAUUGAAUGAAAAAGUCAAAUCAAAUAAAUAUCACCAUUUAUUUCUUAUUCAUCCUAUUGAAGGUCAUGUAGAGAUGUUAAAAGAACUUUCACAACUUUUACCAAUUACAGUAUUUAGAAUUCAAUCAACCAAUGAUGUACCUAAUACAUCUAUUGAAGAUAUUGCUGCAUAUUAUAUCAAAAAAAUUAUUGAAAUACAACUAACUCGUACAUAUUUAAUUGAUGGUUAUUCGUUUGGCGCUUGUAUUGCCGUUGAAAUUGCUCUACAACUUCCAUCAAUUACACAACUUUUAUUACUUGAUAGUAGUCAUUCAUAUGUUGUUACUCAUACAAAACAAUAUAGAACAAAAUUUGAUGAACCUAAAUAUGCUGAAGCUGCAGCCAUAUGUCAUCUUUUUUUUUCCUUAUUAAUCUAUUUUAUUUUAUUGAAUUCUACGAUUCAUGUUUAUUUUAUACUAUCAGAUUUAGCAAAUCUUCCAUCAUAUGAUACAUGUUUAUUAUUUGCAGCUGAAAUUCUUAAUAAAACAAUCAAUAUUGUUGUAGAUAAUAUAAUUUUAAUUGCAAAACGAUUUCAUAAUAAAUUAUUAUUGGCGGAAAAAUAUAUUCUAUCAAAUAAAAUACAAUGUCACACAAUAUUAUUUCGUGUACAAACAAGUAGUGAAUAUAGUGAAACAAUUAGAGAUGAUUAUGGAAUGUCGAUAAUAUGUUAA